AUGUCAGGAAGAGGUAAGGGCGGUAAGGGACUGGGCAAGGGAGGAGCCAAGCGACACAGGAAGGUUCUGCGCGACAACAUCCAGGGCAUCACAAAGCCUGCGAUCAGAAGGCUCGCCAGGAGAGGAGGCGUGAAGCGAAUCUCCGGCUUGAUCUAUGAGGAGACAAGGUCAGUGCUGAAAGUUUUCCUCGAGAAUGUCAUCCGGGACGCGGUGACGUACACGGAACACGCGAGGAGGAAGACAGUCACAGCGAUGGACGUGGUGUACGCGCUGAAGAGACAGGGAAGGACGCUGUAUGGGUUUGGUUCGUGAAGGAAUUUAAAACCUGAAACAUCGAGGUUGCAGUUUAAUUGCGACUAAUGCGGACUUGUAGACAAGAAUGUGCCAAGAAUGACUCCUAGGAAACUAGGGACUUCAUUCAAGGAAUAUAAAACCCUGCAAGCUUUCUGCUUCACUUCUGAAGCUUUCUGUUUUUUAAUCACAUUUAAUAAAUUUUGAUUCUUGAUUAUC